CCAGCUGACCCGAGUUCCCCGUGUGCGUGUCGUGACCUCUGCCACGAUGGGAGCGUAUCUUGCCCUGGACAGACGGAAUGUUAUCACGUGACCUGCAACAUCGCUUCGUGCAGGUGCCAGGACGGUCUGCACUAUGAUCCCAGGAGUAGAACUUGCUUAAAUACUUGCCAAUACUACGGAGAUGCUGUGUGUGGUCUAACUUCGCGAAGGUACUGUAUCGGUUCGGAUGAAAAGGCCACUACAUAUUCGUGUCGCUGUAUGGACGGCUAUGAUAUCGUCGAUGGCGAAUGUCAGGACGCGGACGAGUGCAAAGGAGGGCCAUGCAAGGAGAAAGAAGCCUGCAUCAACACACCUGGCAGCUACAAGUGUGUGUGUCAGAGCGGUUAUAUGAGAAACCACGAUGGAGUGUGUAUUAAUGUGAACGAAUGUGGGAGUCCAUCCUUACACGACUGCGAACAUGUGUGUGAAGACGCAGAACCUCCGCUGCGUUUUUCUUGCUCGUGUUAUCCUGGGUUCACGUGGCAGGCAUUCACGCGUUCUUGUGUUAUCGACGACGACCUGACGAAAUGUGAGUGCGAGGACAAGGAGAUGAGUGUGUGUUACAAACCAAGGGACGGGGAGAAACAGUGCCAUCCUCGGCCCGGUUAUGUCUUCGUCAACGGCACUUUUCUAGACGAAGCAGAGUGUGAGAGCGAAGAGAGUGUAAAUUCCUGGUGUGGUGUCAGCAGCGAGUGCGUGGACGGCGAAGGUACUGCGACUUGCGAAUGCUUGGCCGGCUAUGCUAAUGACACGAUCAACUAUGGACAGUGUGAAGCCAUAGUCUGCCCUACUGGGACCAUCCUCUCUGAUUCAUCUUGUCUAGGAGCGAUCUUCGGCGUCGACAACACAGAGAUCCUGAGCGUCACACCGGCUGCCAAAUUACGCUCUGCCACCACGCGCUCUGACAGUACCACAACCUCCCGCGUGGACUUCCUGCUCAUGGCCCCGCGUCCCAACAUGACUGGCGAGGUCAACGUGGCCAUUAGAGGUCAAUGCAUGAACCCCGGGGACCCCCUUUCACCGCUUCCUCCCCGGGGGGCUGUGUGGAUGGGGAUCCAUGGGAAAGGUUAA